AUGUAUUAUUAAACUUCCAAAUAUUAUGUGCUCUCGAUGAUUGGAUAAGGUUAAGCUCAUUAAGUGUUUAAAGCUUAACAUAAUCUAAGUUAAACAGUAUAUGCUAUCAAAAUGGAAAAGUAUCCAAUGUCUGGCCAAAUAGAGAGUGAGAUUAAAGUUCUUAAAGAAUUAAAUGAAAUAGAAGGAAUCCCUAAAUUAAUACAUCAUGGAAUAACUCCAGAAAAAAAGUAUGAACUAUAUUGAAUCAAUUUAGAAGCUAUCUUAUUCUGCCGCUCUUACAUUGUAGCUUACGGGAUUUGGUAAUAUCUAAACAAAUAUCUUUAUCCUGUACUUUGACUAUUGGAUUAAGUCUUCUUGAUACUUUACAAUAAAUGCAUAGAAAGAGUAUCUUACAUUUAGAUAUUAAACCAGAAAAUAUUAUGAUAUCACAAAAAAUACAAAUAAAUUCAGAGGAUAAACUUUUAGAGCCUGGAGUUAUUUAACUUAUUGAUUUUGGUUUAUCACAAUCUCUAGAAAAUUUAAAAUUCUAAAAAAAAGUACCUAUUGGUUCGUAAAACUUUGCCAGUAGAGCAUCUCACAAAGGUGAAUAAUUAGGUUAUAAAGAUGAUUUGGAAAGUUUACUCUACGUCUUAGUUUAUUUGAGAAAUUGUAUUUUCAUACAUUUCCAUUAGGUAAAUUGCCAUGGACUUAAAAACCUUCAAUAGGAUUUAGAAAUAUGGAUAACAAAUUAAUUGGAGACAUGAAAACUUCCCUCUUUAAUACAAUUACCUUGUCGUAACAAUUUCCUCUUGAAUUCUCUAAGUUUAUGUCCUACAUUGAUGAGCUCAAAUCUGAUUAAAUGCCAGAUUAUUCUUUCAUAAAAUAGUUGUUUAUAAAAAUGUUAUAAGCAACUUCUUUAUCUUCCAAUUUGAAUCAAUUGUUCAAUUAGUGUACAACUUAAUCUCUUGGAAAUUAGGAAACACUAAAUUUUCCAGCUGAAAAACAUCUUUUAAUUAGUAAUUCUAUUCAAGCAUAAAUUCAAGAAGAUAACAUUGGUACUGAGUUAAUAGUUGCAAAUGUAUAAGUAUCUGAUAUGAUUGGUAAAUACAUAACUACACAAAUCAAAUCAAUUUCAGAUCUAAAUUCUUAAUAAUGA